CUUUCUGUUGAGAUCCUUCGAAGGCGUGUUUCAUCGUCGUGUAAACGUGCCAUCAUACUAAGUACAUGAAUACUGACUAAUACGCAAUUGUAAAUCUUUGUCACAUUCACAAUCAUACUACUGAAUCUUCACCCAAUCAUGUCGAGAUAGAAUGAAAAGACCGCUGCUGCGGCAGCGCCGUGCCGCGCUCGCGGCAUCCUCUUUCUGGGGGCGGAUGGGUGCGACUGCAAGACGAUUUGGGUCCACGGCCCUCGGAUCGACCGCAGAUUCAUCAAGUAGUGGCCCGUCCACCGCAGUUACCGAGGCAGCCGAGUACCUGCGCUACUUAAGGGAGCGGGAGAGGCGGAAAGAAACUCGACGCGCGAAUGCUGCCAAGAAAAUAAUGGGGUCGUCCGAGCGCAUGGAGACUGCGAUGGAAAGACCACUUUCUGGACAAGAAAGCUUUGCAGCAGGACAAGGAAUGCGAGUCAGCGUAACGAUUGGGUUCAAAGGAGACUCAGAAAUCCCGACCGUGGCGGAUCUGGCCAAGGAAGCUCAUGCGGGAUGGAGCAACGGCGUGGAUGAUCCUGCUUUCUGGAGCAAAUUGCACAAACAGUGGAAGGACAAGGACACUAUCGUGGAUGAGUAUUCGGCUCGAGCGGCCCUACAUUUUCUGUGGACGUGCGUGGAGGCGGGGCAUCCGUGCGAUGCAGAGGGCCUCUACCAUUUCUUCAAUCAGGUAAAUUUCCCGUGAGGACGUAACCCACUUGUUCUGAGUGCUUGAUUAAUAUGACAGUAGGUACAAGGCCAUGUAAAUGUCUUGGGAUACUUAUCUAAAUCGUAAUCUGUGAUCUCCUAUCAUGAACGAUGGUAACAGAGACAAAAUUAUGCGUAUCUGCAUUGCAUUGAUCAUCAGUAGCAUUGAUGAAGGAGAAUGUUCUUCUAAAUCUUCUUCAGCAUAAACAAAGGUCCUUGCUCUCGACAAGCGCGUCAAAGGGAGGACUCCUGGGGAUAUUUUGGCCCAGGCUUUACGGUUGCUGUGCAUUUUCGACGACACCUUCUUGCAAAGACGGCUUGCGUCAGAUUUUUGUGCUCGAGCGGAGGCAUUAGCGACGCCGUCUGCCACGCUGUCUGCGAUGUGGAGCGUAGUUUUUAUCCUGAAUCGACGCAAGAGAGCCGCGUCAGGAGGAUUAGAGUCUCUAGCCUCGGGAGCAGGACAAGCUGGUGAGGAUGCCUUUCUCGUUCUUCCGGUUUUAGAGCCAGACUUUGUGCGGGCGCAUGUGGUUGGUCGACGUGCCGAGCUCACCGCUGCCGACGUGGCAACACUGACCGAUGCUUGUGUUGGCAUCCUAGAAGUUUUGAAAUCGACGGAAUGCUUAGCCGCGUCUGCACCGAAACCAGAUAAUUGCAGGGAAACCGCUUAUCCUUCUAGACGAGACAUGUUGCAGAAUGUAGCCAGGAAAAAGUUGCGAACUACGGCAGAUAUACUGCGCAACGAAGUGGUACGCGGAUUCUUUUCGAGAGCCUCUGCGGGAAACAUGACUGCCUUGGAUUGUGCAAAGGCCGUGCACGGACUAGCAAAGCUGCGCUUAGAAGACCGAACAGCCAUGGACGCCUUGGGAAAGCGAUAUGAACAGAGAUAUUGUUGUUCCAAGCGGAAGUUUAGGCUCUGCGAGUUCCUUUGUUUAGAAUGAAAUAUCAAGUCUUCGGUCUUCGUCGGUUCAUCAAUAACACUAUUUGACUUUUAUUGUUCUGUUUCGAAAGCAUGGAAUAGAUUCGACUCAUCAGGGAACUCGACUACUUUCUUGCUCUAAAAGAUUCUGCAGGAGUUAUCAGACAGUGGCGAUUUCGUCGCAAGCUGCUUCCAGCAAUCGCUUGCCGAAAGUAAGGGUCACGUUCAGAUGUUUCUCACGUCAGCGGUUUCAGCAGCACAACGAGUGAGCGCACUUUCUGGGCGGGACGGAAGCGCGCUUUUUCCUGCCACAAAGACGAAUCUGUCGCAGCGACGAAGCGUUAGUGAAGUGCUGAAGCAACGACUCGCAGCAAGGCGCGCCAAGGCCAAAAAUAGACAGGAAACGGGAGAUGCAGUUGAUGGCGCUGCGGAUGCUGGUCCUGAAACCAGUACAAGAACAGGUCUGUUGGUGGACCACCAGGUUGAAGAGGGAAGUAGAGAUGCACCAUGUGGAAAUGCCUUAUCGUCGAAGAACUACGAUGUUUCUGCAAUAGCAGCGCACACGUUUUUGUGGCAACCUGAGACACUUCCACGCAUCCUCGCGAAGACGGCGUACGGGUUUGCAAAGUUUCAAGGUAGUUCCGGAGCUGCCUUGUACGAUCGUCUCGGGAUUUUGGUGAGGCGACAUCUUUUGGAUUUCGAUGGUGCGCGGGAAAUGGGACUGGUGCUUACGUCGUUUUCACGCGCUGGCGUAGCCAACGAAGUUCUGCUCGCAAGGAUGAUCUCGCGAGUGCGCCAAUGGGGUGGCGAAGGACUCCUGCAGCGUAUACGGAGUGCAUCUGACGGAACGAAAGCCGUGGCCUUCCAAGAUGUUCUGAAUUAUGGAGAGACUUCCGUUGCGGCGGAUGUAAUCGAAUACGGACUCAGUCCUCGAACUUCUACACUCUCGUGAUUCAAGUAUUCAUAUCACUGUUUAGAAAAAUAUGUGCUCCUGUUAAGAGAAGUUUUUAGAGCAUACCAUCUUUGCGCGUACUUUUCGGGUCUCUUUUUCCGGCUUCAUAACAUUUUGGCGAUGGGCUUCGCGAAAUUUCAGGUCAAGGACGAGAAGGCGUUUCUGACCUGUUUUUCUCCCGUUUUCCGGUCUUUUUUGCCAGACACGCAUGCGGAAGACGCAUCUCCGACGAGCGCAGAGGAUGAGAUCUUCGGACGACCGAGCGAUUCGCUUACGAGUGAUCCUACGCGAACAAAGCGGGGUGCGCGACGAGCACAGAAGAAAGCUGGUACUGAUGAAAACCGUAUAAAUUUAUUGAGUUCGGCUUCUGCUUGCUACGACAAGGCGUUGUCAUUGUCUGAAGCGUCAACAACACAAGUAAUCGGUGCUUGAUGGAGUACAUCUUUGGAUAAAUGGCUACAGUAGGGAUAAAUGGUGCUUGUUUUGAAAAAUGGCUACCCGCCGUAUAGAUGUUUUCGUCGAUAAUGUCGACGACCCUCUAAUGUCGGUAGGUCGAAAAUCCGAACCGACAACGAUAAUUUUCUCAGAUAACCAUUUUCCCAGGUGAUCAAUAACCAUUUUCUCAGAUUUAGCCUGCACGCCGCUGGAGAAGCAAGAGCGUGAAGUGGAAGAUCUCGCUCGACGAUUUCCAGAAAACCAAUUUACGGAAAUCCAGACAGCUGAUUGGGUAAAUGUCGCCCAGGCCUACGGCAAGGUGCACGUUUUAGACGAGCCACUACUACGAGGCAUAGCGGACCUGCUGUGCGAGAGAUUACUCACGGAGGACGCAAACAAUAUUCAUCUUUGUGCCAGUGGUGGUGCAGGGGCUAGGCGUGGAGAUUUGGUCGACACGUUGGACGAGGCGACUUCGUCAUCUGGUACGAAGAAAGCAUCUUGUUUUCCUGUGAGCGACAUCGUGAAGUAUGUGAAUGCAAUGUCCAAGGUCGGCUGUGCGCAUACCCGCUUGCUGGGACUGCUGGUGCAACGACUACGACGUGAUCUCUUUACGGCUUGAGAGGAUCCAUCUUGCCCAGCAUCUUGCCAGCAUUUUGAAAGGAAAACGAGCACCAGGAUGCUGACCAAGAUGGAUUUCUGCAAGGUCUAAUCUCUGCGUUGAGAACGACCUCCCACCGUUUGACGCACUGCAGCUGUCGCAAGCGCUGAAUCGCCUAGGAAGUUCGGAAUUUCCAGAGCUAGAGACUUUCGUGGCCACAGUUUUACCGAACGAAAUCCGGUCUAGUGAGGUCUCUCCAGAAACCCGCAGACGCAUAGCAACCUUACCGAAGCACCGUAAGAGCGCACGGAGGCGGAAGCGGACGUGGUGAUAUGCUAGGGCUGCGGUCUUAAAGGGGAAGUGCUACUCAGACCAUCUAACUGGAUGAAGGAGUUUUUUAGAUUUUUUAGAAAUGGAUACGAGGGAUUAUUGAUUUCAGGAAACGAAAGAACGCGACGCUGUUGUUUAGGAAAACGCUCGUUCAAUGGGAACAUCGGCCCAAUUUAGAAAAUUUAGAUUUGACGGGAACAUGAUUUUGACCGGAUUCUAAACCUAAGUGUGAUGACAACGCAACGCGCACAAUUUGAUUUCGAGAUUUGGAACCAGACAAGAAAACUUGACGUUUAAACUUUCACUGAACGAAACCUUUUACCAUGACACGCUUACGAAAAGGCGAUGAAUAAUUUAGAAUGCGUUUUAGAUUCCAGUCCCAGGC